AUGAUUUCAGUUACAACGCGGCACCUUUGUGCACAUGCUGCAUUCAACUGUGAUAGGUCGAAGAGCAACUUCUCUGGGGUACUUGCGUGCGACGCUAAUUCCAUUGUACAAGGACUAGACGAAAGACAGCAAGAAACCCUUUCUAAGCUUCCGCAAUAUCUCUCUGGUGCGUAUGCUGCACUGCAGGAAACACGCGUCAGAGAUCGGCUCGUGGUCAGCAUCGGAGACAACACCAUUUACUCUCGACUAGUUCCUGACGACGAACAAACUCUCGAACUCCCAGACGGACAUCCGAAAAUCUAUAGAUUGCUUUUUGCCACAGGCCAACGUCCAUCUCCUCUCUACUUCAAGAUACGCUUCGCUUAA